AUGCCCUUCUCAGCAACGCACCACCCACUACGCUGCUUGUCUUGGCAAGUUGGCUUGGAUUCGGAUGAAGCGGCGGCAGCUAGUCUGACGACCCCUCAACUCCAACGCCAGACGCAACACGUACAGGUCAUCGUUUACCAUCGGGCCGGACUCGAUGUGAGGGGUCGGUCACGUUCUCCGAGCCACGAAGCUGCAAGCCACGGAGGGCUGAUGGUGCGACGAGCCGUGCCGAAGAGCUGGAUGAAGUGA